UAGUCACAUUUUCAGUAAGAAGGGUACAUCAGGGUCACAUUUUUCAAGUCAUUUUGAGUGGUUGCAGAAACAUAAGGAUAAUCAAGCUCAAUAGAUGGACUUAACCCAACGAAUUCUCUCAAAUAAUGAGUAGGCUUGCUAUGAAUUUUGGCAAAAACUUUUACCCUUCUCCUUUUAUUUUUUCCUUUCAUCUUCUAAAACACAAGAUGGAGCAGAACACCAUGCUUUACAGGCCAAGUUCCUUCUUGCUUUUCCCUUACAUUAUUAUUAUCUUUUACAUGAACUCUGUUCCCACUUUUGGUUUCACAAAUGAGACAGAUAUGCAAGCUUUGCUAGCCAUCAAGAAUGGAAUACAGGAAGAUCCUUUCAAGGUCUUUAGCUCAUGGAACAGUUCUCAUCAUUUCUGCAAAUGGCAAGGAGUUACUUGCAGUCAGAGGCAUCACCAGAGAGUGUGCGCUCUAAACCUUUCAUCACUUAAAUUAUCAGGUUCCUUGUCUCCUCACAUAGGAAACCUUACCUUCCUUCGAGUGAUCGACCUUGUGGACAACAACUUCCAUGGAGUGAUUCCACAAGCAGUUGGUCGAUUGUUCAGAGUUCGGUCACUUUAUCUUGGAAACAACUCUUUCAAGGGAGAAUUUCCUGUUAAUGUGACACAUUGUUCAGACCUUAGAGUCAUCAAUUUAAUCAAGAACAAUCUCAGCGGGAAGGUUCCUACUCAGCUCGGUUCUCUGCCCAAGCUUGAAUAUUUAGACCUAACUCUGAAUCACUUUAUUGCGACAAUCCCACCAGCACUUGGGAACCUCUCGGCUCUACGUUGGCUUUAUAUGUUAACCAACAAUUUACAAGGCCAAAUUCCAAUUGAACUUGGAAAGCUCUCAAACUUAGAAGUGCUUCAGUUGUCUGAUAACAAGCUGACUGGUACGAUUCCUUCUGCUCUUUUCAACAUUUCUAAAAUCCAUUAUCUAGCUCUAGCCUCAAAUCAAUUCCAUGGAAGCUUGCCCCCUAAUCUAGGCCUCGUUUUUCCAAAACUUGAAACAAUUUUGAUGGGAGCAAACUGGUUCUCUGGGACCAUUCCUGGCUCGCUGGCCAAUGCAUCAGGUCUCAUACUGAUUUCUUUUGCUGAAAAUUCUUUCACUGGGGGCAUACCACAGAACUUGGGUGAUCUUCAACAACUUGAAGUUUUACAAUUUGGGGGUAAUCCGCUUGCGGCUGAGAAAGCGAAUGACUUGCACUUUCUCACCACCUUGACUAACUGCACCAAACUCAGGUGGUUGGUUCUGUAUAACAAUCAGCUUGGAGGUGUGUUGCCCACUUUGAUUGGUAAUAUGUCCACCAAGUUCGUAGGACUGAAUUUGGAUCAGAACUACAUAUCAGGAAGCAUACCUCCGGAAAUUGGGAAAAUUGUCAACUUGGAUCUGCUUACAUUAAAUGACAACCAUCUCACUGGCAACAUUCCCAAUUCCAUUGGAAAAUUUAAAAUGAUGCAAGAGGUCUAUCUGAGCAACAACAAAAUCUCAGGGAAGAUUCCAGCCACCUUUGGUAACAUGUCAAAACUCAGUAUUCUUGAAUUGAAUCAAAAUAUGCUAGAUGCAAGUAUACCAGUUUCUUUGGGAAAUUGCACGAAUCUACAAGGACUGGAUCUUUCACAGAAUCGCCUUACCGGUAUGAUACCCAGACAAAUUGUUGGACUUCCUUCACUCACUCUAGGCCUCUCUGUAGCUCAGAAUUUCCUAGCAGGACCACUACCAUCAGAAGUGAGUUAUAUGAAAAAUAUUGGGCUAUUCCAUGCUUCAAGAAACCAACUAUCAGGAAACAUUCCAAGCACUCUUGGUGAUUGUCUAGUGCUGGAAUUUCUUAAUAUGGAGGGUAACCAUUUUGAAGGUACCAUUCCACCAUCUUUUAAACAAUUAAGGGGACUUCAAAUGCUAGACCUUUCUCAUAAUAGUUUGUCUGGCAAGAUUCCGAGUUUUCUAGGUGAUUUGUCUUUGAUUCAAUAGCUCAACCUUUCCUAUAACAGGUUUGAGGGUGAAGUUCCUAGUGAAGGAGUGUUUAGCAAUAUCAGUGCAUUCUCAAUUACGGGAAAUAACAAGCUUUGUGGAGGAAAUAAAGCAUUGCAAUUGCCCGCAUGUCCCACAAA